UAGUGGACGUUUUAAACGAAUAAACUAUAGGUACUUUAUGUAGUUGAAAAAUAUCACAAGUGCAAGCACAGCGUGUACUAAGGAUAUUACUUUUUGUUAGAAUUUGUUCAUUUCGCAACAAUGCAUUUGCAAAUCAAUGACAGCUAUGUACGAGACAGGAAUGAGUUUGUCAUAGAUCAUAAUAAUAACAUUCUAAUAGGUUUAGACGAGCAAUUCGUGAAUACACAUAAUAUCGGUGAAAUUAUUUUAAAUACACUAAAUAGCAAGCUCGAUCAUGUCGCGCAGAUUGAUGCAGCAACCGGAAAACAAACAACUUUUGACGAGAUGCGUGAUCUCAGCGUGCGCUGCGGAUUGUGGCUAAGGAAGCAGGGAAUCGGCCGUGGUGACCUGGUGACUCUGUGUACGCCCAAUCACCUGGAAGUUUAUGCUCCCUUUCUGGCAGUUUACUACAACGGCGCCAUCUUUAAUGCUUGGAAUCAUGAGAUCACUUCAAAGUCAGCAAGACAUUUUAUGCAGCUGCUGCAGCCAAAAGUGAUAUUCGCCUGCGAAAGCGCCGUCGAGACCCUGCUUGAGGCCGCAAAACUUGAGGACGUAAACACUAAGAUCAUAGUUUUUGGCAAUUUCCCGGGUAUCCAGUCCCUGCAUGAUAUAACUCGACAGCAAUUCGAACAGGAAGUUGGUGAAUUUCGUCCACAUGCGGUUGAGGACCCACGCGAGACAGCGUUGGUCAUUUUAUCGUCGGGCAGCAGUGGCAUGCCCAAAGGUGUCAUGCACUCCUAUGGUAACAUUCUGAAGAUGGUUCAGUCCUUCUUGCCGAUUUCCAUGGCACAAGUGGCGCUCUGGUAUUCAACCAACUAUUGGAUAUCUGGUUUUAUAUUCACUUUACAAAGCAUCCUGUCACUGGGUACGCGUAUUUUACACGAAUUCACAAAGAUUGAGGAUACUUGCAAAAUGAUUGAAGAGUAUAAGAUUAAUAGAUUAUUUUUGAUGCCGAUAAUGAUAACUCACUUGUGCAAAUCCCAAGCUUACAAAAAGUAUAACCUUGAUUCAGUAAAGUUUGCAAAGACAGGAUGCAAUAAAAUUAAUAUUAAAGUUUUUGAAGAAUUUAAACAGAUUAUACCAAACGCUAUAGUGUUGCAGACAUAUGGCAUGACGGAAACAGGACGCAGCGUCACGAAACAAACCAACUUUACAAAAAACCCUAAUUCAAUAGGGUUUCCCGCAUCUUGCAUGCAAUUAAAAAUAGUGGAUCCGGAAACCCGUCGAGCCCUCGGGCCCAACGAGCCCGGUGAACUGUGCAUCAAAUCGCCGUUUAUAAUGCUUGGCUACUACAAAAAUCAAAAGGCGACAAAAGAAGCUUUCGACAACGAGGGUUGGUUGCGCAGUGGAGACAAAGUAUAUUAUAACGAGGAUGGCGAGAUUUUCUUUGUGGAUAGACUGACCGAAAUGAUCAAGUAUCGACACUAUCAAAUUUCCCCGAGUGAAAUCGAGGAGAUUCUGCUCUCCCAUCCCGAUGUUCUGGAGGCGUCGGUGGUGGCCAUUCCCCAUGAGUACGACGGAAAUUGGCCUGUAGCUUUUGUUAAAAAGGUUCCAGAAUCUAAAGUUACGGAAGAUGAACUCGUGCAGCUGUCUUCAUCGACUCUCGGAGAAGUUAAAAAACUGCGCGGAGGAGUCAAGUUCUUGGACAAUCUACCAAAAACUGCAUCCGGAAAAAUUGCUAGACCGAUUCUAAAAGAAAUGGCUAAAACGUUGUCUAACAAAGAAAUUUAAAAAAAAAUAUCGACAUGCUCAAAAUGUACCAAGUAAAAUAAACACUGUAGACUCGCUAGGUACCUACUAUGGGUUGUGUAUUGUAGGUAUUUGAGAGAGAAAUAAAUCGACUGGCUUAAAUUCGAA